AAUUUUAAAUAAAAUAAAUGCUUGUGGAAUUGAACUGAUUCCAAAGCUCGUGUGCUUUUCCUUUAUAUUACAUUGCCUCUAAAUUUCAUUUCCCUCUCACCCCAGCUCUUAGCACAGUGCUCUGCACACAACAGGUGCUUUAAAAAAGUUUGUUGAAUUAAUGAAUAAAUGGUAUUCAAUGAACGAAGAGACUGGUUUAUGUUGGGGGAGAAAUUGAGAAAAAUUAAAAAUCUUUUUUUUUAAGCAGAAAAAUACAGGAGUGAUUUUGCCUCAUUCCUCCUCUCGCCCCGCCCCCACUUCUCUUUGCCACUUACGUCUCUCUAACCAUGAAAACCCCAACUAUUUCCAGUACGGUGUAUCCUGGGUCCCAUCAACAUACUCCAGUAUAGAAGGGUACUCGGACGGUCCUAGCUUAUAGACCAGGCAAAUCUAGUAGAGAACUAGCUUCCCCAUCCAAAAGGCUUACCAGACAACUAUAGAAAUGCUAAACAGUAACAGAUCUCAGAGCGGGAAAACAAUGUGGCAUUAAUUGUUUGUGUUCUUCAAGGUCCCUGCCUGAGACCAUGCCCCCUCCCUACUCCUCCUUCCAGCCUCUCCCGGCUGCUGGCUUCCUUUUAAACUCGACUCUCCCAGAUGCCAAGAAAAGGUGAAUGAGGAAGGGGGUGGGGGAGAGCAAACUAUUACUCCCCCUAAGAAACUAGGAUCCGCCAGCUAAUAGAAGCGGAGAGGAGGGAGGGCAGACAUGGAGAGAAAGAAGAAAGUGGGGUCCCAUUGGCUGGAAGGGGGUGUGACGAAGGGAAGGGGGCGGAGAUUUCCCGGAGGGGUGCGGGAGGUGGGGGGAAAGAACGAGGAGGAGUGGGAGGGGAAAGCAACCCCUGUUCAGUUUCUGGUGCUGUGCUUCAGGGCCCCCUGAGAGUGGGACAGGAUCCCAGAGACCGAGGUACUAGGCCGGCCUCUUUCCUUGCUCUGUUGGCUGGCGGGAGGAAUUGAUCGCCAGCUGGACGCCCCCUCCCCCUCUUCUGCCUCGCUGCCACCCCUCCUGCGGCUGGAAUCCAGCUCUUGCAUUUCAACUGUUGGGUUUAGCUCUUGGGGACUUUUUUGUGUUUGUAUAUUUCUUCCUCAUUUUCCUUUGUUACUCCGAAAACCCUUCCAGACUGGAGGGAGGGACGACUCGGUUCUCAUGGAAGGCAGCUGCCGCUAAGUACCCCCUCCUCAAAUCUGAAAGUACUCGAGGAAAAAAAAAAAGGCUCCCCCUACUCCCCGCUCCGAUCCGUUGCCUGCUUUCUCUCCGCUGUAGCCAGUUGCUACAGCUCGGGCUUCAUUGAUGCUAAACGGAUGUGCCUGCGGCCUGGGACUGAUCUACAACAACAGAUCGUGCACAAUGCCCCCCAUCAGUUUCCAGGACCUUCCCCUCAACAUCUACAUGGUCAUCUUUGGCACAGGCAUCUUUGUCUUUGUGCUCAGCCUCAUCUUCUGCUGCUACUUCAUCAGCAAACUCAGGCACCAGGCACAGAGUGAGCGGUAUGGAUAUAAAGAGGUGGUGCUAAAAGGUGAUGCCAAAAAGUUACAUUUAUAUGGGACUUGUGCUGUCUGCCUAGAAGACUUCAAGGGGAAGGAUGAGCUUGGUGUGCUACCUUGUCAACACGCUUUCCACAGGAAGUGUCUGGUGAAGUGGCUGGAAGUCCGUUGCGUCUGCCCCAUGUGCAAUAAACCCAUCGCUGGCCCCCCAGAGGCCACUCAGAGUAUUGGCACCCUCCUGGAUGAACUGGUCUGAAUACCACCUUUUCCCUAGGACUCGGACACUUAAAUGCCAAGUGCCUGCCUGGUCGAUUCUUAAACUGCAUAGCCCACAGUGUGGCAGGUGCUCCUUGGAGGCUAUCCCUUUGGCUAGAAAGAGAACAGGCAAGCUGGUCCUUGCCCUUCCUUAAGAGGGGGUGAAGUCCAGAGUCUCCUUCUCCUCUUCUCUCCCCUCUCCAGUACUCUGACAUCUCCUUCCCUACUCCUCUGCCUUGUUGGUGUCACUCACAGGUCAGGGCUGCUGUGGUACUGGACCUUCUGCUUUGUCCCUUGCUGUAGAGAAAUUAGUCAUCUCCUGACACAAUGAAAGGUAUAGGUCUGAGCUAAAAAGGACUAGGGGUCAUCAGGGAAAUCAAGGCCUAUUACUGUUCAGGGUGACCAGGACUGGGCAAGUCACUUACCCCACCCAGGCAAGAACUUCUUCAUUAGAUUCUCACAGUUGCUCCCUGAUGUGUGUAUGGGGAAGGAAGACAGAAAGAAGCAAUGAGGAGGAAGGGAUAAGUCAGGCCCUGUCCCCUCAUUGUUAAUUCUCCCUCCCCCUUUCCCCACCUACCUUCAAGCAGGUGUCUGGAUGAAAGAAGGGAUAGAAGGAGUAAGGCCCAGGUUGGGAGGCAGGGAUGGGGGGUAGUAGAUAACAGAGGAGUUCUGCCUAUGGCAGAGAUGGUGGAGGGCCAGUAGGCCACCUCCAUACUUUUUAAAAAAAAAUUAAUGUUUACAUUGGACCUUCAGAAACAGCAGCUGGCUAGCUGAACUGACAAAAUGUAGGAGCAAGCACCCUGCCCAGAGCUGGGAUCUGUGGUGCCACCAGCUUCUUAACCUGCCCUUUUCCUACUUCCUUUAGUUACUGCUAGAGCUCCUCUUCCCACCCUCCUGGGUCCUGAAGGGUUCGGUGCAUCUCCCCACAGAAGAUGCAUUCCCUACAACUAGGGUGAUUUCCCUGGGGACAGAUGAAAGUUGGUGUUUCCUGAAAGGAGAAAGGGGGGACAGGGGUACAGUGCUGAGCAGGAGAGGAGUCUAGAAACCUUGGUGGGACCAGAUGCCCUUUUCUUCUUUGUAAAUAGUAUUUUUAUACCUUAGUCUCCUCACCGUCUCAGGCUUUGUACAUGGGACACUUGGGGAGUCCCAUUUCUCCCCAUAGUGGG